UUGAUCUUCCUUCACAAUACAGUUGCAACUCAAAUAUACAAAUAUAAUAAUAAAAUAUACCAUAUGUUCAAUACAAUCAUACAUAUAAAUAUUAAAUUCAGCUUUAUCUCUCUCUCAAAACAAUAUUACUCACACAAACACAUUGUGUCCAGCUUUUUCUUGCCUCCUUCUUUCACAGCCUGUCAAGCUUGAAUUAUUAACACCAUGAUUAUAAUUUUUUAGUAAGAGUGCUCGUUGUUUCUCUAAGAAAACUCUGAGAAACCUGUUCUAUGGCAUAAGAAGAGACUUUUUUUUUUUUUCGCUGGUGUGGUGUAUACUCAGUUGUUUUUUCUUUUCCUGCUUAGAUUGCUCCGUCCCUUUUUUCACCAAAAAAUGAGUCGUGGUUGUUGCCCUUUGGGGUGAUUAAUUAGUUCUUUUUUGGUGUUCUUGGCUUUUGCCUAUGGAUGAAAAGAGAUGGUUGAGUGAGGAAUAUGUUCAAUGAGCCUCUUCGUAAAGAACCACAAUCUGGGUAACUUUUUCUUGCAGUUUUUGAGUGUUGUAUAAAUUUUUUUCUGUGCAUAUAUGGUGAUUAUCUCAGCUGCUUGAAAGUGGAAGAGAUGGUCUUUUUCUUCACAAUAAUUUGCAGUGGAAAGUUGAAACACUAGAGGAGCUUGUAUCCUCAUUGUUCUUGAACUGAAAAUUACUGCAUGGGAACCAAACUUGAGUUUGUGAUAAAUCCGUUAGCUAGUUCAGAAAACAGCAACAGCUGCAGCUUUACUGUGCAUUUCGUGGAUGACUAUUUCCGAACAAGAGCGCUGAAGGAGAAUUGUCAAAGGAUUGGGAUGGACAGGUUUCGCAGCUCCAUGGACAGGGUGCUGGAAAGGCCUAACAUGGAAUCUAUCAGAAAGACAAUGCAGAUGCAUGAAGAUAUCUUCAAACACCAGGUACGAGAACUUCACCGGCUGUAUAGUGUUCAAAAGAUGCUGAUGGAUGAGCUGAAAAGGGAAAUUAAGCAAAACAGAUAUUGGACUGAUCCUAUGACUAGCUCUGAUAUUAACCACUCCCAAUUCAUUAACCAGCACCAUUUAACAACACAAACUACUUGUGGGUACAAUAUCCAUGUUCAAGGUGAUCCAAGCUCAAGGGAGAGGAGUGGCAGUUGCUCCGGUGACACCAUGAAACUUGCAAGGGGCUUGGAUCUCGAGAGGCCAGCUGGGGAGGACAUCUCCGCUGAAGCCAGUGCUGUUGAAGAAGACCAAGCCGGGCCUAGCUCCCUUGUGCACUCCAGAAUUAACCAGAUGAGCAUGGAAGGCUCCGAUGAAGAUAGUGAAGUUGAACUGACACUAAGCAUUGGAGGAGGCAGCUCAAGCAUGAAGAUGCCAAAGAAAUCCAAGCCCCAUAGUCAAGACUUAGUAGAUACGAAGUCUCAGUCAAUUCAUAAGGAAAUUAAGGAGCUUGAUUCAUCAGCUUCAUUCAAAUCAGAGAAGGGAGAAGAUUGCAGUGGCCCCAACACUCCAAUGAGCAGCUCCAUCGCAACAUUUGAUCGAGAAAGGAAACGACCACAUCCACAUUGGCUUUUCCAAGGUCUAAGCAUAAAACAAGACUUAAACCGUUGAACAACAUUUACCUUUUUUUUUUAAAAAAAAGUUAAUUUGUAUGCGUGUAUCCUUUCAACUCCUCACAUGGACCCAUGGUCAAAUGUACUUUGUUCAUAACUUGCGAAUUCUAAUUUUAAGUUUUUCCAACUUAACCGAAUAAAUGGGUAAUUGAAUCGCCCAUUCCUUGGGUUGGAUGUGCAUUGUUGUAAAUAGGCUAGUAGCCUUCUUCAUCUCCACUUUCUAUAUCAGUCUAGUAAAAUUUUUUGUUUUAUAUAAAACUAUUUGUAUCAAUAAAGAUUACAAUCAUAAUUGAUGAACACUUUAAAAAAAGAAAUCAAUUAAUU